GAACAUAAAAAUCAGCUGUGAGUCUGAAUUAGUGCAGCAUGUCAACGAGGAGCAGGGAGGGGUGUCUGUAUGCUACACAGCACACAUUAAAGCAGAUUAAUGGAAAACUUAUCAACAGCUCUAAACAGCUGCUACAGAGAGCAAGAGCUGGCAACGACAAAGUUCCAGAGUGGUCUCCUAUGAUGGAGGGUGGAAUGCAGCUCCUCAACAGGGAUGGCCACAGUAUCUCUCAUAAUUCCAAGCGGCAUUACCAUGACUCAUUUGUGUCCAUGAACAGAAUGAGGCAACGUGGACUGCUAUGUGAUAUUGUUCUCCACGUGGGAACCAAAGAGAUUAAGGCUCACAAAGUGGUGCUGGCAUCCUGCAGUCCUUAUUUCCAUGCAAUGUUUACAAAUGAAAUGUCAGAAAGUCGACAGACACAUGUGACUUUGCAUGAUAUCGACCCUCAAGCCUUGGAACAGUUGGUGCAAUAUGCCUACACUGCAGAAAUUGUAGUUGGAGAGGGAAAUGUCCAGACUCUCCUACCUGCAGCCAGCUUACUGCAGCUCAAUGGGGUUCGGGAUGCUUGCUGCAAGUUUCUGCUCAGCCAGCUUGAUCCAUCUAACUGCCUUGGUAUCCGGGGAUUUGCAGACACCCAUUCCUGCAGUGAUUUGCUGAAGUCAGCACACAAAUACGUCCUUCAGCAUUUUGUGGAAGUCUCCAAGACGGAAGAGUUCAUGCUGCUACCUCUGAAACAGGUACUUGAUCUUAUUUCCAGUGACAACCUCAAUGUUCCCUCAGAGGAGGAAGUGUACCGAGCUGUGCUGAGCUGGGUGAAACAUGACAUUGACAGCCGGAGGCAGCAUGUCCCCAGGCUGAUGAAGUGUGUAAGGUUGCCCUUGCUGACCAGAGAUUUCCUUAUGAGUAAUGUGGACACUGAGCUACUUGUGCGGCACCAUUCAGAAUGCAAAGACCUGCUAAUUGAGGCACUGAAAUACCACUUGAUGCCUGAGCAGAGAGGAGUGUUGAGUAACAGUCGUACCAGACCCAGGAGGUGCGAAGGAGCAAGUCCUGUGCUAUUUGCAGUAGGUGGUGGGAGCCUGUUUGCAAUUCAUGGAGACUGUGAGGCAUAUGAUACCAGGACAGACAGAUGGCAUAUGGUGGCAUCCAUGUCUACAAGGCGAGCUCGGGUUGGUGUAGCUGCCAUCGGAAACAAACUAUAUGCUGUGGGAGGGUACGAUGGCACUUCUGAUUUGGCUACUGUGGAGUCCUAUGAUCCUGUCACCAAUUCGUGGCAGCCAGAGGUUUCCAUGGGAACUCGACGUAGCUGUUUGGGUGUGGCAGUGUUACAUGGCCUCCUCUAUGCAGCUGGAGGCUAUGAUGGAGCCUCCUGCCUAAACAGUGCAGAAAGAUUUGAUCCUCUAACAGGUACCUGGACAUCUAUAGCAGCCAUGAGCACAAGAAGGAGAUAUGUUCGGGUAGCCACUUUAGAUGGAAAUCUCUAUGCUGUUGGAGGAUAUGAUAGUUCCUCCCACCUUGCAACAGUAGAGAAAUAUGAUCCACAGGCAAAUACAUGGAGUCCGAUUGCUAACAUGCUCAGCCGCAGAAGCAGUGCAGGAGUAGCUGUUUUGGAAGGCAUGCUUUAUGUGGCCGGAGGGAAUGAUGGGACAAGCUGUCUGAACUCAGUGGAGAGAUAUAACCCAAAAACAAAUACUUGGGAAAGUGUUUCUCCAAUGAACAUACGAAGAAGUACACACGAUCUUGUAGCAAUGGAUGGGUGGCUUUAUGCCGUGGGAGGAAAUGAUGGAAGCUCCAGCCUCAACUCCAUUGAAAAAUAUAACCCUCGCACCAACAAGUGGGUUGCUGCUUCUUGCAUGUUUACCCGGAGGAGCAGUGUUGGAGUAGCCAUUCUUGAACUUUUAAACUUUCCUCCUCCCUCAUCUCCAACCCUCUCUGUGUCUUCAACCAGCCUUUGACAAAGAAUGAUAUUUCACCUUACCUCUGCUGGAUUCCAGUGUUUGGCAAAAAGAAGGAAUUGCUCUGUAUAAACAUGUGCUCACAAUUUAAGCCAGCUUCUGGAAAGCAGAAUCCUGGAGACAACUGCAAGAGGUGCCCUGGUUCACACAGACAUUAGACUGUUUGUCAUAAUGUGUAUCAUAGUUAUGUGUACACUAGUUCAGAUUUACUUAGUUUUAGCCUAAGUUAAAGAAUGGUUGGCUUGGGAAUGUGACUUUGGACUGGUUCUGCACUGCAUGCUUGCUGUCAUUUGGUCAUUUUGGCACACAUUUACUUUUGCAGUACUUCUUUUCUCCAGCAGGUGGAGCCACCUCCCAUUAUGGAAGAACCUCCAGUACCUUAACAAACUAGUACUGCAAUUAUUUUUACCCUGAAGUUAAAAUAAUGGUGAAAAAAUCCACACACAGAAAUACAAGUUAAAAGCAGUAAAACUGAAAAAAGAUUGUAAUUCCCCUUGAUUACUUAAUCAUUUAUUACAAAGGUAUAUCUACUGCAAAAACCCAUUUAUUUGAUAUUGCACCCUUUGAUAUUCCAUUCAGAAAUUAAACUGUUUAUAUAUUUGUAAAGUUAAAUACGUGAAUGAUUGUAAAUGUGAUAGUGUUUCCUAAAUUCAAGAAUAACAGAUGGUGCCACUAAAUAAGUCCAAUCAUGGAAGAAAAUAUUAAAUAGGCCUUUUUUAACAUAGCCAAUAUCCUGCCAAGCACUAAAUAAAUAGUAAAUGUUUAGUCAUUGCAGGAAUUUAUUGAAGGCAAAACAUCAGAAGGCUCAUUGUUAGUGUAAGGUCAGGAGCGAUGACCAUUAUACUGCCUAUUUCUAAAUGCUCACUCCUGCCAUCUGCGCUACUCCUGUGGUGGAAUUUGCCAUUCCAGUAUACCAAUGUGCAAAGCAAACCAAAUUUUAUUUCCAGAAAUUUGACUAUUACAUUUAGGCAGCUCCUGAUGAGUUUCUAUGUACAUUAAGACUUCUAAUAAAAAGUUAGAUAAAAUGAUAUACCCAAACAAAAGAAAAAAAGCACCAGUGUACAGUGUGGGUACAGCAGUAUUUUAAAAAAAAUCAUUCAUUUUACUCUAAUUCAGGAAAAUAAGAGCAGCUUAUUUUGGGUUGGUACACAGUUCACGUUUUCAUGUUUUUUUGUUUGUGAAUUUGUUUCUUAAUCUAAGUACUGUACUGUGUGAUGCACGCCACUAGUUAAAGAACGAGAAAACAGAUUUUCCAUUUAUUGUCUACCGCAUUUUAAUAGCGAUUAUGGCUAAUAUGGGUGGGUACCAAACAAGCCAGCCUUUGAAGCUAAUACGACUUUAAUUUGCACAUGCCAUAUUAUUGUAAUAUGUUAUUUUAUGAUUGGUGCACCACAAAAGUGACUGCUUGGUCAGAAGAUCUAGAAGUCCUUCUUAAUCACUAAUUUAUUUCUUUAAAAACCAAUAUGUAGCUGCACACGUGUGACCGGUUUGGACACUAGUGAUUUCAGGCGGUAUAUGCUUUCACUGAUAUUUUGAUCGACUGUAUGUUUAUUGAUGCCUGGCAGGCCCAGGAUGUGUAACUCCUCAUUCCCCUCCAUAUCUUAUUUUGCCUUAUAUUGCAUCCUCCUGUUCAGAUAGUUUUAAAUGUAGAAGACCAAAGUAAUUGGAGCUCAAGUAACUCAAAACAGAGACUAGAUUCCAUGACCUACCCAGCUAACUCUCCAAGGCCUGUAUCCUACUUUAAGCAAUUAAGCAUAUGCAGCAUGUAUUUUUUUAAUUGAGCACUUUUUAGUAAAGGGAUAAAUCAAUGAUUUAUUACCAUAGCUUAUUGUCAUGCUUAGAGCAUAGUCAAGCAGGGUGUGGACAGUGCCAACUGGGCACUGAUGAGAUCUCCUUCAUCUCGAUUGCCAUUUGGUAAGAACGUAAACAAGAUAUCACUGUGAGCCUUAUGGGAUGACUGCAUUCCUGCUCUUUUAAUGAAAGACCUAUGUCUAUAUACUGAUAUGAAUUUUGGGUAGGUUUUCAGUCAGUCAUCUUCUACUUUAACAAACAUUUAAAAAUAAGCAAGUGGCAUUAAAGAUGUAUUAUAAACUGCACUGAAUGUCCAUAAGAGUAGAAGUAGUUCAUGAAGUGAAUGAGAUGGGCCACAUUAAGGUAGCCCAGCACAAAAAGCAGGCUUAUGUUUCAUCCAGGAUUUGUUCCCUGAUUUAUGUUUGCUUUUGUCUUGUUGGUUAUUUCCUUUGUUUUUGAAUUAUUAUUUUUCAGGUAUUUUUGUAUUUAUGUAAUUUGAUUUAUGUCUUAUUUUUUUAUUGUGUAUUUAUGCUGUUUGGCUAUGUUCCUUGUGUUCUGUGGGUGGAAUGCCAAAAGGGCCACCACUGCAUCUUUGUGUAGGGGCCGCCUCCAAGUGUAGGAGAUCUCUCAGAGGUUCAGUAGUGGAGUGGAAUGAAGAUUUAGCGUGAAUGUUGGAUUGGAUUUUCUGGUUACUGUGGAUUUUUGUUCUUGUUUAUUGGAUUUUGCCUUUGAUUUAGUGAUUUCGGCUUGUUUGCUUUGGAUUACCUUUUUAGGCGUAUCUUUUUGUCUUAUUUGCCCGUUUUAACCUCUUCUUGCCAGUUUUGAUCUCCCUUUGUUUAAUAUAAAUAAAUCAUUUAUUAAUAAAGAUUAUUUUUUGCCCUUUGUCUGAUUUAGCUAGAGGUUUAUAGUUAACAUCUUCAUUGACGUUCAUUUUUGUAUAUUUUGAGUACUGUGAACUUUUAAAAUCCUAGGCCACAUAUUGGGCCUGUGAGGCUUUUGAAGCCUGUUCGUUAUAUUUUGGGGUGAAGCAUGUCUUUGAGGCUGAUCAGUCACAUCCUGGUCAGAUUUUCAUUUAUUUUAAGGCCUGUUCAGUUCUUUGCACCAUUUUGUUUUAUUAAUAAUAAAAAAAAUGAUCCUCUGAGAGGCCUACACCUCAACCUGAAAUAUAAAGGGUGAGGGGGAUUCUUUUAACAGUGAUGUAACGGUGACCAUUUUGGGGUUCCACCCACAGAACAUAAGGAACAUGAGUAAACAUCAUAAAUGCACAAUACAUUAAGUAAUAAUCUAUCCAAUAAACAUAACAAUAUUAACAAAAAAUGCAUAAAAACAAAAAAAUAAAUGGAAAAUAAUAAUUCAAAAACAACAGAAGUAUCAAAAAAAAAAAACCAAACAUAAGCGAGGGAACACAGCCUGGCUAACAUGUAAUACAGGGACACGAGCCAAAUAUAAGAAUGUCCAGGUUAAAAGAACAUCAGCAAAACAGGAGGAACUUUAAGCCUGAAAUGGACUGGACGCUAUGAAAAAGUAUACUCCGCAUAAUUAACGAUUGUUUGUCGAAUACAAAUAGGAGUCUGCCACCUCCUAGAAUAGUAUCAAAAUGCACAUUUUAUUCUUAAAAAAAAACAUGCAGGAAGCAUAAACAGAGUGAGAACAUAAAGUAUCAAAAUGAUCAAGCUGUUCUUAACAUGGACAAGGGCUGUGCAGUUGUUAGUCUAGUGUCCCGGAGCGGAAUCUGACACAUAAUUGUUGUUUGUGUGGAGUUUGCACAUUCUAUCAUGCAUUUUCCUUCAGGUACUUAAAUCUACCUCCCACAGCCCAAAAUUUAUACAUAACAAUAAUUGGCAACUCUAAGCUGCCCCCCUGUCAGUGUGCAUGGUGAUGGACUGUCAUUCUCUUCAAGCUUGUUUCCCACACUCUGUAAAAUCUGAAUCUGUGAUCUUAGAUCCAAACUCAGAUAUCUUGAUUUUAAUAUUUAAAUCAAAUGUAAUAUAGCAAAAACUCUGUUCUCAGUCACUGCCUUAAUGUAGCAAGUGAAUCUUCCUCCUGACAGGAUAAUGGAAAAAAAACACAAGUGAGGAAGUGGUUACACUCGAUUAACCUGAUAAAAGCAAACAGGGACCACAGGGAAGGUGACUAUCAUGUUUUGAUCACAACAUUUUUUCUGGUGCUAACAGGUAUAAACAAAUACAGAAUCCCUCCAAACUGACCUCAGACAUGGUGGUGAUGGCCGAUUAUUGGCUAGGAGGUUGUGAAGAGCAGGGUUUUUAGAUUUCAUUUGUUUGUUUUUAUUGGGUUAACAGUGAUCAGAAAAAGCAACAAUCCAGAAAAUAAUCUGGACCAUCUGUCAAAUGUCCCAAAGGAUGUGUACCACCAUCUAUUAGGAAAAGUUUAGUAUCUACUUGAGUGAAGGUUAAAAUUCGGUGUUUUGAAAUGCCAAUAACACAAAUUAAUGUUUUGCACAAAUUUCCUUUUUUUAAAGCAAAUUUUCAAGAAAAGAAAAUCAGUGUUUUUACAGUACUUACUAUAAACAAUUCCCAAUUCUAUCUGAGUGAGUUACCAUGUAUUGUUUUUGAAGUUUGACCCUACCAACUUUAUGUUACCUAUCGACUAAGGUCAUCUCCUUAUUUAGCAAUGCAUGUAUGGGGCGGCCAGGCAUCACAGUUUGAAUGAAAAACCUCCAAGGUAAUACAGUAGGAAAAAAAUACAGUAUUUUGAAUGAAAGAAAACUUCUAAGAAGUUGUGUUUUCCUUUUUUUUAAGGAUUUUGCUUGUCUUGCAUAGAUGCCUGCAGAAACAAGGAAUCCAACAGGAAAAGCAGAAAAUCUUUUUGUAGCUGCUCUUUGUAGUUUUUAUUUAUUUUUUCUAACGCACUACAUAUGCCAUUAUUUAUUUAUUUAUUAUUCAGUUUCUUUCUAACACCGCAGGGGAAUGUAGUGUAACAGAACUUUGGCCUUUAUAUGCACAGAAUUUAAAAAUAUAUAUCUAUAAAUAAAACAAGAAAUGGAAUCUUGCUUGUUGUUACUGUAAAUGUCAUUUUCCUGAGUUGCAGUCUGUUUCUGUUAUUACAUGUGAGUUGUGGCAUUUCUUUACUGUAUAUGUAAAUUAAGCCUACAUAUUUAUGUGAAAUAUUUUCAUGAAUUUUGCACUACUGUUAAGAGAAGCAAUACAGAUAGGUAUUACAAUAAAACAUGUUUUUCAUGGAGAA